AUGGACAAGGUAACAGAGACUCUCAGAAGCAUAGAGCAGAACUACAAGCUGUUCCAGCAGCAGCAGUUCACAUUUAUCAGAGCACUGGAACACACCCGAGACAAUGCUCGUGACUUGUGGAGACCUGUGGCCACCAUCACCCAGGUACAGACCUACAUGGACCAUCACUGCAACAACUCCACGGACAGGCGAAUGCUCAGCUUGUUCCUGCGCAUCUGCAACGACCUCCAGAAGCUCUGCCGCAGUCUGGAAACUGUUCACCCCGGGGACAGUGUGUCCAAUGGCAUUUUGGAGAGGUGCAAACUGCUCCUGGAUGACAACAACGACUUCAGUGCCAUCCGAGCCACAUACCCCCACAGUGUUGUGCAGCGCCUGAGCUACACCGAAGCCCAGAACCGUUACGGAGGUGUGGUGAGCCUCUUCCCCAUCAUUUUAGACCACCUCAGAGAGUGGGUAGCCUACACCAAGAAGAACCUGAUGCAUUAUUUGCAGGAAAACGAUGAUUUCCAGAACUACCUGUACGAGAGUCGACGUCAGAAACAUGAAGCUCCCUGGAAGCCUCCGGGCAGACACCCCUUUUAA